AUGCACAGAGUCGCACUCAGGAAUUCCAUGCGCGCGUCCGCGCUCGCCGCUUCUAGGAGCGCCGGCCGGGUCGCCCCCACUGUCAUCCGCUCGUAUGCGACAGCAAAAGCUGGUAAUUGUUUCAAUCUCCCUGCUGGCACUGCAUCCGAGGUGUCCUCAAUUCUCGAGUCCCGCAUAGCUGGCACUUCCGUGGGCGCGAACGUCGAGGAGACUGGCCGCGUUCUUAGCGUCGGUGACGGUAUUGCGCGUGUAUGGGGUCUGAAAAACGUUCAGGCCGAGGAGAUGGUGGAAUUCUCCUCCGGUGUCCGCGGCAUGUGUUUGAACUUGGAGGCCGACAACGUCGGUGUCUCCAUUUUCGGUAACGAUCGUCUCAUCAAGGAGGGCGACACUGUCAAGCGUACUGGUCAGAUCGUCGACGUUCCUGUUGGCCCUGAGCUGCUCGGUCGUGUCGUUGACGCGCUCGGUAACCCCAUUGACGGCAAAGGUCCUAUUAACGUCUCCGAGCGUCGCCGUGCUUCGCUCAAGGCUCCCGGUAUCCUUCCCCGUCGCUCGGUCAACCAGCCCAUGAUGACAGGUAUUAAGCCCAUCGACGCCAUGGUUCCCAUUGGUCGUGGCCAGCGUGAGCUUAUCAUUGGUGACCGUCAGACCGGUAAGACCGCUGUUGCCAUUGACACCAUCCUGAACCAGAAGAGGUGGAACGAUGGCCAGGACGAGGACAAGAAGCUCUACUGUGUCUAUGUCGCUGUUGGCCAGAAGCGUUCGACUGUCGCACAGCUCGUCAAGACCCUUGAGGAGAAUGACGCGAUGAAGUACACUAUCAUCGUUGCUGCCACUGCGUCAGAGGCCGCUCCCCUUCAGUACUUGGCUCCCUUCUCUGGAUGUGCCAUGGGUGAAUGGUUCCGUGAUAACGGAAAGCACGGUCUGAUCAUCUAUGACGAUCUGUCCAAGCAGGCUGUUGCUUACCGUCAAAUGUCGCUGCUGCUUCGUCGUCCCCCUGGUCGUGAGGCUUACCCCGGUGAUGUCUUCUAUCUGCACUCGCGUCUGUUGGAGCGUGCCGCCAAGAUGAACGAGAAAUUCGGUGGUGGAUCUCUCACUGCUCUGCCUAUCAUUGAGACACAAGGCGGUGACGUGUCGGCGUACAUUCCGACGAACGUUAUUUCCAUCACUGACGGUCAGAUCUUCUUGGAGGCUGAGCUGUUUUUCCGUGGUGUUCGUCCUGCCAUCAACGUCGGUCUUUCCGUGUCCCGUGUCGGUUCAGCCGCCCAGACGAAGAUCAUGAAGAAGUUCGCCGGUUCGCUGAAGUUGUACCUUGCUCAGUACCGUGAAGUUGCCGCUUUUGCGCAGUUCGGUUCUGACCUCGACGCGUCGACGCGUUUCCUCCUGUCACGUGGUGCUCGUCUCACUGAGCUUCUGAAGCAAGGUCAGUACCAGCCCUUGUCGAUGGAGAUUCAGGUCCCUAUCAUCUACGCUGGUGUCAACGGUCUUCUCGACCCCGUCCCAGUUGACAAGAUCACUAAGUGGGAGGCUGAGUUCCGGUCACACUUGACCUCAGCACAGGCCCCCCUCUUACAGGAAAUUGCUGCUGGCUCGAUUACGCCUGAGCUGGAAGCAAGGAUUAAGAAGGUCGUCGAGGAGCAUGUCGCAUCGUUCACGUCGUAG